UUUAUAGUUGCAGCACUUUUGCCACUAUUUCUGCAGCUUCUACUUAGCAGUUGUCGUAAUCUGAUGUGUAGUCCAAUUGACUACUGAAUUUCUCUGAAAACUGAACGCCGCUAGAGGUCGUUUACGGCUGAGGAAAUCAUAAAGCAGCACCGGGUGACAAGCGCAAUUUCUAAUGCAGUUAGUAGAAGCAAGAUGGUCAAUCGGGCGUACACAAGGCAUAUUAUAUAUAUGUAACACUGCAAACUAUGCUUGGCGUUAAUGUAUGCCAAAGCGUUCUUCCAGUGGCGAGACAAUGCUACAGUUAAUCGCAUAAGGUCCACCGACCCCUUGAUGUUUGUGGGUAACUUAUAUAUGAACGACGCCAAUAUGGUUUGUUUUUUUUUUUCUUAAAGUGAGCGGUCUGUACGACGCGCAACAACAUGCUAUCGGGAUGAUUCUGCGAUAAUGUUCGUGGUAGGCUGGCAAUGUAGCAAAAAUGUUUUGUAACCAAUUGUUUGAACUGUCUUUUUUGUCUGUUUGGCUCGUAUGCACGCUUACGAAUAUUACAAUACUGGGCCACGUCAAAGGCAGCAGGUAGCUAGUGGAAAAUCAAGCCUGCAGCAAUUUGGAAGACAAAUUUUAUGCAGAGCAGUGUUACUGCAUUCACAGAUCCGUCGAGAUUAUCGUACGCGAAGGUGCACGUGUGUGCUUCUCGUGAGAGAUGUUUUCAUGCAUGUGCGCUGUUUUAUCGAAACCGUAUUUCUCUUGACGCAGAAAUUGGAGUUCACACACGACGUGCGUUCUUACGUAAAUCGCCUCGCCAAAACGAUUUCGCCAUCAGACGUACUCAUACUCAGACUUGCACCACCUUUCUGAAUCAAACACAACCGCCACAUUUUUAGGUGCCGUGGAUACAUUUUUGAACCAUCAAAUCAGAAUUAGCACGGCCUAACUGUACAUUCUUUUGCCCAAUACGCCUAAUCCAACUGUUUUGAUUUAACGACGAUAAAGCGUGCCCGACAUUUUUGUUAUCUCUGACCAGAUGUAAAAUGUCCAUCUGGGAAAUACGCUUAUGUUGAAAAGGAAUGAUCUCGAAUGCCUUUAGUGUGACGUUCUCGGAACUGUUAGUCAGAGUAAAAAUAAUUGCCCUACCCCUAACAGACGCAAUGGCGACGUCCGUCUGAAAUUGGACGCUAGACCUUUUUGAGCUGCGACAUCCGGCGGAAUCUACUUUUUAAAGUUUCAUGAUGUUGCGAACAGCCGAUGCAUUCACUGUCCCUCUAAAGGACAACUUAUAGAGAGUGCUGGUGUAGGUGCAACUGGUAUAAGUAUAUGCACCCCGCGUUGUUUUUCGACUUAGACCUACAUACAUAUAGUAGCGAUCUCUUUCUCUAUAUAGGGAAAUAUAUUCAUUAGUGAUAUAUCAAUUUAUAUGUAAAGCUUCGUAUAGCUUUAGGCACUAUAAGAUCUAUUUAGUCGCGUCAUCAUAAAGAAGCUAUUGACAGGAGACGUUUUCUGGUUAGCUUUCGAAAACCGUUCGCUAUCAUACGAUGCGAUGAACAUCCUCUAACGGUACGAGCAGACAUUAGGGUUAGCUUCGUUCAUCACUGACAAAUCGCUACCAGUAUGAAAACCGUAUUGGACAACUUCAGUUCAUUAUUUUGUGAAAGUAGCAUAAGUGAUUCCAAAGUGAUUUAUCAUGCGCACAAUAUUGCACAUAUUUUGCUCGUAAGUCAUAGCGAGCUGGCUAUAACAAUUCGCCUUAGAGCCUUUAUAUAACUAACUUCUUAAGAAAUCAUGAUUGAAACCGUUUACUUUGCAUUUAAAGACAAAAACCGAGAUUCGACCGCCAAUGAGAUCACUUCAAUAAAACUCGCUUUCACGCACGAAAUAUUUGUACAUGACCUUCUUACAGGGGGGCAAUUAAUCAGUAUAGAUUGAGUAACGGUCAAGGACUAACGAGGAUCGCGGUUAGAUAAGGCAUCGAACCCAAUUAGAAUUGGAAACGUUUUUUCGGCUAUUUUUUUUUUUAUAGACGUUUACUAAGUAAGGUGCUAAAUGAGUUGAGAGUCGAGACACCAUCGUCUGCGAACGAAAAGACGCGUGUAAACUCGACGUACUAAAUCUAGACAAAGUAAAACUACUAGUAUUCAGGUCGUGUCGUUAUUGACAAAUAGUUAAGAUUUGAACAAAUGCAGUGAUAUAUCUACUGUGACAGAACAAAGUUGCUAUAGUUUGAUGCGCGCACACGACCGAGACCAGACGUCCGAUCUCUAAAUGAUUCACCAUUGUAUGUCACGCUACGAUCGCAAGGGGAAAUCUUAUGUUCAAACGAGAAACAAAAUAGACAAGGUGCGUUGUGUCGAUACUCUUCGACAAAGGCAAUCUUUACAUAGGUGAAAUGGUUGCAUAUGCUUCUAACUAGUACUAAAGCAAUAAGCAAAAACGUAAAAAAGCUGCUCGUAGAUGGGUGUGUUCAAAGUGUCUCGAUACGGAACUGGAUUACCCCGUGGUUUUGGACAGUUCAUUUGUCUUCAAUGUUUGCCAUUGUAUGCCUUCGAAGAAAGGACGAUAGAGAUGUGAGCGCCGUUCAUUACCGCAAGAACAACUGGACAGUAACGCAAUAAAUGGCAGUAGGUCAGCAAUAAAUGUUUUAUAUGCCAAACUACUAAUUUCAUUUUGGCCUUAUUUAAGGCAAUAGAUAAAAUGAUCCCGAUUCAGCAGUGCCUGAAGUCGUACCAAUAUGACCCUAAGAGUUCGCAGAUCUAAACUUCAGAGCCGAUUAAACACUAGUCAAGCGAAUUUCAGCUACGUUUAUUACGUUAAGUUAAUUAGAUGAUAAUUAGCACAUAGUUCUUACCUGCCAAAAACAAGAACAUGGCAAGUGAAGUUAAGAAGGAAAUUGACAUUACUCUUGUUAAAGGUUACUAUUGGCUGCGGUCUUGCGCGCACCGAAGGUGGACGCCCCUUGACGGGCUACUUCCCCUCAAGCCACGUUGUUCAAUACUUUUACGUAUAAGUCAUAUUUAUUUUUACAGUGUAUCCAAAUGAUGACCAUAUCCAAUGCAUAAUUUGUAUUCGUACUGCUGAAAAUGAAAAACAACGUUGCCAUAUUUUAAUAUUAUGGUUAUUAUUUUUUUUUCUACAGAAGUUCCACUAGGUCAAAUUUGAAUCGAGCGGGUUGCUUUAGGAUUGUCAUGGUCUGACAAUAGCUGUUUAUUAUAGAUAGCGAGUCGAACUACUGCAGUGAUUUUCUCUUUAAUUACGCUAAUGUAUUAUUAGAUAUGCCCAAUUUGGAGGGGAGGGCAGACGGGUCGGAUCUGUGGAUAUGUCUCUGUGGUUGGCGUACUGGUAAUAUCAGCAGCGGUUAAUUAUAGUUAAUUGCAGAUAUGUUGGCUUAUGUGUAUCGGCUACAAUAUUCUACUGUGUACCGAGUGUGGAUCAUACUUAAAUAGCAAGAUGACAAUAUUCAACGACGGUUAGCUUGUGGUCAACGGCCGUAUGAUUCCGCUUUUCUAUCUUACGAUCGAUAUGUAUGUCUGUGAAAGAUACUGCUCGCACUGUACAACAAUCUAUUACGGCAGGAUCCGCAUAUUAUACAUUAACCAUAUGGCAACGGGGAGAAUUUCCAGAGGAGAAGUUUCGCUAUUCGGGAGCAAUAUCAAUCGAAUAGGAAUUUUCUACUAUGCACUAGAUAAAAUGAUUUUAGUGUGCGAAAAAUCGCCCGGAGCGUCCGACGUUCGCAUACAUGGUGUAACAGGUGCGCUUAACCAGCUUGAUCCGAUCAGACUUUUUUGUGGCAACGAUUGAUUCGAAAGUAUGGAGCCGCAUUGUAGUGGAAAAGUGUGCAUACAUUUACUUGAGCAAACUUUCUAAAUAGCUAUGCACUGGAUGGCCAUGUUAGUUCACUGCGCUGUUAUUUUUCUGGACACUCGGAAAUAGACGGUCUGAUGUAUUCACAGAGGAACUGGAGAUUAUUAAACGUAUUAUUUGGUAAACGCGUCGCAGUGAAACGGUACAACUUUGAAUUAUCGUAAACUAAUGGCUUUAGCAAAAUCGAAUGCCUUGGGAAGAUAUACAGACCUAUUAGAUCGCUUCUAAAUUUUAAGGUGUUAACAUCGUCGGCUUCGUAGGUAUAUUUUGACGUUUCAACUAUCGGGCCGAGAAGAGCUAGCUACAACGUUCAUAGGGAAUGUGUGAAACUAACAGAUGGUGGUGUCAAACUCUCCCUCGUAUGGCUGACGUUUUCACGCUUAAACCCAGAUAGGUAUCAGGCAAAUAUUCGUACAGUUCUCGUAUGCGUGCCUCGUUCAAGUGAACAGGCCGAACAUAGAACUUCUGUUAUGACCUUAUCUGGCCUAUUUGUUCCUACAAGAAACAAUCGCGGUAUUAGUAAAAAGGACGAGUAAGGGAUUAUAUCAGUUUUAACGUUCGACCUAAGGUUAAUUGCCCCUACGUCUAACUAAACUGUCUCCACUUUCUACCGUCGUCAACAAACAGUUGAAAUCUAUUUAUGUAGCUCUUUUUCCAACCAUCAAUAGACUUUCACGGCUCUAGGCGUGCCCCUAUUAGAUAUUGUCCACUUUUCUCUUGCACUAUUCGAAGAGCAUUGUCAUUCGUGUCGUUAUCGCCAUUGCGGGUGUUGCGUAGGCACUUCCUGUGUCUCGUGCCGCUGCCUGCGUCGUCAGUGUUCAGCCGCGGCCAUGGUAAUGCAAAUACUAUUGACACAUCGUACCGUACAGACUCACCAGGAAGUAAACCAGAAGUAGCUUACUGUGAGUCUGUUCUCCUACAAAAGACGCGCGAUUUUAGCGCAUGCGAACUUUCAGCGAGCUCCGUUUCAUUAUUGAAAAUAGCAUGGAAGUAGCGACGCGAUUAAUGCUUGAAAUAGGGCGAAGAAGCGAUUGCAACCCGAACAGAUCUUUGAGCCGAGGCCAAUUGGCUUAGCAGAGGCUUGCCCGCUGACGGGAACGAGGAGCUAGACAGCGCGGGUCUUGCCCGCCGGCUAAAAAGAGCAUACACCCUGCAAUCGAACGCGGCCCAACAUUAUUUCGUGGUACCUAUGAAGAGGAGAAGUUGCACGAAGCAAACCAAGCCACUCUUCCAGUACAGCUUGAGAGCGGCGACAAUGUCGCAGCACGGUCUCGAGAAGUGGAAGCGCUAUAAUCACUAUAAUGGCAACGAUGUUGAUGAUGAUAUUUGUUCAAGCUCUCAUCAGCUGAGAUAGCAAGUUUUCUAGCGGACAAACCAACUACACUGCUACAUGCCUAACUGGCAGAUUUGGGAAAUUUAUUCGUCUCCGCCAUCCGGAUCGUCAUCGUCGGAAGCGCCAACCGUACAGCCAUCCCCUGAUUCUCAUGGCGCGGGCGCCCGGGGAAUGUUAGCUUCGCACGAGUCUGCGCAGGAAAGUAGAUGCUUUACACUAAACAAAUAGUUCCUACCUAGCAAUAGCUUCAGUGAUUUCUACGUAAAGUAAACGGAUUGUCGAUGUGCAGAAAGGUGCUUCUGCUUCUGAAGUGCAUGAUCAUGUUUUGUAUUUGAAGCAUCAGGUACAAAAUGGGGUAUAGACAACCGCGAGAAAUUCACUACGAGUUGACGCCCGCGACACGGCACCGUCAAGUGUCCGUCUUCCAACUGGCCUUCGCCAUAGUCGUGGGCACCAUCACCUUAGCUGCCAUACUUCUUGCGCUUUGCGUUAUUUGGUACGGCUAUAGCAGCCCGUCGGAAGUUACUAGCAUCAUAUAUAAUCAGACUGACGAGGUGCUAAUAAUAAACCCAACGCGACCGGUCGAGCGUGUACCGAACCGAAAGCACUUUGAAGUAAUCGUCGUGUACGCGGACGACAACAAGGAACGUGCGGAUAACGUGGUCAGCUAUUUGAAUAAGACCCUCCGUGAAUUGAUCGAUACUAAAAUCUACUCCGAUAUCCGCAUUAGCAAGGUAGGGUCAAAGAGCUUACAGAGUACAACAAGUGAUCCUCGGCUAAAGCUAAAAGUACCACUGCGGUACACAGUAAAAUUAGGUUCAACCGUAAUUAUCGUGAGUGAACAAUUUCCUCCGACGGCCGAACAGGUAAUCAACUUGGUUCGUCUAGACAGUCAAAGACCCUGUCGGCUUCUUGACGAAGAACGCUGUGUCGAGCUUUGCGCCAUCUAUCUGACGCCCGGAAACGUCCCAAACAUUACGCCAGCAGUUACUGAGUAUGAAGCUGUUGAUGUUCGGAUCGCGAACCUUGUCGAUUAUGCCCAAAAUAGCGCCAUCUAUCGACAAGGCGACAAUCAACUGUUCAGUGUGGCGCGAUUUAGGCGAGGCUGUCUCCCGACAAGUUAGAUGUCGAGCGAUAAUGAUGCAUUUAAGGACAUUGUCAUUCAGUUUUGUGAAGCGGUCCGCAUUUGACAGUGUCGGACAAAAAGUACGAGUUGAAAUAUUUUUCCAGGAAGAAUUACUCUGAUGGCUUCCGCCGUAUCGAAACGAUAUCGUCAUGGCCCAUGACCCCUUACGAGAAUGUACAUACAUAUCGAGCUUCACCACCCAACAACCCAGGAACACAGUUAUCAGAUAAUCGCUACUGAAGGCGGAAUAUAUUCUUGUUACAGUAUUCAUAGUUAUAACCGGAAGACGUCUUUAGUUAGAUUCUUUUGCAGAUCACUAUUGAGCUUAUGAUUACAAAUUAUCCUGCUUAGGGUAAUUUCUUAAUUUAAGACCACGAUAAGUGAUGCUGGUAUCCAAAGAUUCUCUAAGAAUAAAUAUUUAUUAAUAAAGUCCACGAGGCUCUGUUACGCUUUUCUUGCAGACGCGGUGAAUAUUUAGCUACCGUUGUGGUACUAUAUGGAUUAAAAAAGUGCUGAUGACCAAAGGCAUCCUGUGCGAAUUUUUUUAACUGCUUCAAUACAGCCUCGUCUGGAGCGAACCACAGUGAUACGUGAAAAAUCAUGUUAACAUCUAGUUUGAAUAAAACAUGUAGACAAAUUAUAAUAGUUAUGGAUGAACAGACUUGGUAAGACCCUGUUUAGCACCAGCAAGAAGAACACAUAGGUGCGCAGAACCGAGUUCAAGUGACCUGUUGGAAUGCUUGCGUAUUUUUUUUCCUGUGGUGGCCACAACGCUUCUAUAUAUGUGUAACAUUGCACAUUUUACAUGUACAUAGUCUACCAAUGCACAUUUAAGUUUUAUUACAUGUAUAUCAAUGGAAUGAACAAGGGUUGUUUUAAUGAUUUAAUAACAAUAAACCAGGCAAGAAAUUAA